AUGUCUGAAACCCAUGAGCCACAGACGCAGUCAUCGGGAGUACUGACACACCGGGACGUGUCGUCGCAGUCAUCGCUUCCGUGUCGAGCGGCAGAACACGCGGAACAGAUCGCCAAGAAGUUACUCGAAGAGGCAGAGAAUGUGGAAAAUGUUAUGCGAAAAGCCAUAUGCAAUGCAUGGAAUGUGUGUCACUUUCACGAACUGCCCCAAUGGCUAAAAGACAACGACUAUCUGGUGAUGGGUCACAGGCCGCCGCUGUCGUCAUUCAAGGCGUGUUUCUGGUCCAUCUUCCGGCUCCACACCGAGACCGGCAACAUAUGGACGCACGGCGUCGGGUGUCUGCUCUUCAUGGGACUGGCCAUUCAUGUAUUUAGCUCUCAGUACCCCAACAUUCCCUUAAUGGACAAAAUAGUGUUCGGCUGCUUGAAGCGGCCACGACUGGACUAUUGCGGAAUAGCUCUGUUGAUCACCGGCUCAUUCGUUCCGUGGCUUUACUACGGCUUCUACUGUUCAUUAAUGCCUAAGAUUUUCUACUUGUGUUUAACUAUAUUCCUGGGCCUGUCGUCAGUGAUCGUCUCGCUGUGGGACAAGUUCUCAGAGCCCCACUUCCGGCCCUUCCGGGCGGGAGUAUUCAUGUCGUUCGGCCUGUCGGGUGUCAUACCGGGCGUCCAUUGGCUCAUUAGUCACGGCCUCACCUCAUGGAUCGAGUCGUCGAUUCGGGCCUCGUUUACGAGUCUUAUAGUGAUGGGCGCCCUCUAUAUCACAGGUGGCCUUCUGUACGCCUCCCGAAUUCCCGAACGAUUCUUCCCCGGAAAAUGUGAUUAUUGGUUUCAUUCGCACCAAUUGUUUCAUAUACUUGUGAUUUGCGCGGCUGUCGUCCACUAUCACGGCAUCACAUGUAUGGCCGACUAUCGGCUCAAUUCGCCGAAUGCUGUUUGUCCGGCGCCCGACGAGUAUCUCGAGUAUUAAGUUAUAUAUUAGCAACAAAUUAGCAAUAAUUUCAAGUAUUAUUGAAAUCACAAACAAAAUAAAUUCAUUAAACAUAUUGUGAAUCUGUUUUAUUUUUAACGAAAACAAACGCUACAAAAAAACCAUAGUCUAUACAUCUGUUCUUUUGAAUAAAUGUUUAACAUUAC